CUUUUGGGUCUUCGACGAACAUCGAAACACCGCGAUUGCUUCUUCUCUUUUUCUGUUCACAUACUCACGCUCCAAUCUGGCUGCCGAUACGCUCUCUAAGCGUCGCAACGACUGUCAUUCUCUUAUUAACGUCCGGUGACGUCGCUCGGUCCCUCCACGUAACGGGUUCAGCCAACACGGAGACAGCAACUCCAGGCUUCCACAUCAACAACCUUCGCUCUACGCCCGCGUCAAGCAACAUUUACCACACCUAUCAAACCUUGGAGCUUUUCGUACGCGAUCGACACAAUGGCAUCAUACGGUUAUGGACAGAACCCCCAGUACGGCGGCGGGGGUGCGCAAAACCUCCAAUUCUACUCCUCCUCGUUUUCGAACCAGCCGGUAUCAGGGCACUCGACACCGUUUCAGGCCAACUACGGUGCGCCGGCAGCUCAGGCUUUCCCUGCGCAGUAUGGUCAGGGAUUCUCCGCACCAGGCGUAAGCGGACAGAUGGGCAUGGGAGAGUCGGGGCUGAGGACAGGAUGGCUCGCAGCUUUCGGCGCUGAAGGAUAUGAAGGGGAGCCACCGCUACUUGAAGAGCUUGGAGUGAACUUCGGGCAUAUUCAGUCGAAGACCCUUGCGGUGCUGAAUCCUUUCAGGCGGCUUGAACCGCACAUCAUGGACGACAGCGACGUUGCGGGUCCCAUUCUCUUCUUUUUCAUCUUCGGGACAUCUCUUCUGCUGUCGGGAAAGCUUCAUUUUGGAUACAUCUAUGGACUCGGACUUGUAGGCACAAUAUUGCUCCACCAAAUCAUCUCGCUCAUGUCGCCUCCUAUCAGUGCGGAUGAGGCUGCAGCAGGACAAGACCACGGUCACCAGCGUGGUUCACACCUUGGUUCCUCGUUGACAUACCCUCGGUCAGCUUCAAUUGUGGGCUAUUGCUUACUUCCUCUUGUACUGGUCUCGACCUUGGGCAUCGUUGUACCUCUGGACGGACUCUUUGGCUACGUCGUCACGAUCAUGUCCAUCAUGUGGUGCUCAUACUCAUCUAGUUCAAUGUUCACUGUCGCUGGCCGCAUGACCUCAAUGAGAGGGCUGGUCGCGUAUCCUAUGGUACUGUUUUACGGUAGUUUCGGUAUCAUGGCAAUUUUCAGCUCUCGAGGCACUGGGCAAUUGGGAAAGGUGGCAGCUGGACAGGCAUGAGGGGCCAAAGCCACCAAAAGCGAACAUGGCAGAUCAUCAGCAUACAGCGCACGGCGUAAGAUACCUUGAUGUAGUUACAGAUUUUGCAGCGGCAAGUUUGACAUUCACACCCUGAACAUUGUUGAGCCAAUCGGCGUGCGGCUCUUACUAGUGUAUCGCAAGGAAUGACGAUGAGGACCGUACCCUGCUCUUUCCGAGCGGCCAAA